AUGCCAACAUUACCAACAAUUGCAACAUCAAAAACAACAGCGCCAACAACAAGAACAACAACUGCAACUUCAGCAUCCACAACAUCAAUGUCAACAGCCGUUUCUACCAGCGUAGCAGCAUCUGAAAAUAAUAAUGCCAAUGCACACCCAUUGGCGCCCGUCGCAUCAUCAUUAUUCAAAACAACAUUAUCAAAAAUUAACUUGAAAGAAAAGCAAUCGCACACAUUAUCAAAACCACAAACCUUGCAGCACUCAAAAACUGCAGUUACUUUAACAACUACAUCAGCGUCAUUCACCCCAUCUUCGUCAUCAUUCCUCUCAACUGCGCUCAACAAGUCCACAACAACAACAGCAGCAGGUGCCAACUCAUCCACCACUGACCUCCACAACACACCUCCCCCAUCUCACAUGCACCACUUCAGACAAAAGCCUGCUCACCAUCAUCACCAUCACUAUCAACAUUUUCAACAAUUUCAACAGCAACAACAACAAUUGCAGCAACAACAACAAACUCCCAAGCGACAGAAAUCUCUCAAAACAUCAUGGUACCUUCCGAAUUGGGAAGCUUCCGCUUUGGAGAGCACUUCGCCAUCAAAACUUGGCGGCACUCAGAAACAACGACCUUUUGUCAAAAGAACGUUGUCAGAAAUCAACAACGAUGUUCUACCUGAUUCUGAAAAUGAACCGAAUGACAGCGCCGAAAGUUGCAAAAAUGCCGAGAAUGAAAAAAAUGAUCCGAAGACAACAACGGAUAAUUACGAUUUUAAUUUUUGUUUGACCAGCGUCCAACCGAGACAUUUGAACGUUGCUUUCACUAACGCAAGUACAGCAGUAACAGAUGCCACGUCCUUAGAAUUGGUCAAAGCAGCACCACCAACAACUUUAACUUCAGUGAUGUCAGAGCAAACAUAUUCAGCACCUACCAUAUCGAACUCGGCAACAAAAACAACAACGUCGCCUGCACAAAACGCCACCAACAAACUUAUUGAUUGCUCAAGCGCCAUUGCAGCGUACGAUGUGCAUACGUGUCCUCUUUGUUGUAGAAAUGUUGAUGAUGAGUUGUGCCGAUGUGCCAGCAAUGUUGCUGCUGAUGACAUCCAGGAUCUCCGCCCGGAUACUUAUGACGUAAUUACUGGAGAUGAUCCAACAAUCAGUAAGGUCAUGACCACAACAACAACAGCUGCAGCAACAACAACUACUGCGACACUCUCAACAUUCAAUGCUACAACUGCCGACAACAAAACCGACCCGAACAAAAAUGUUAUAAAGAUAUUGGUAAAAAAAACAAGUUUUGAAAAUGACAUAACAACAAUAAUAACAGCGUCAACGACAAUUACCACAACAACAUCAGCAACAACAUCAGCACAUGCCACGACACCCAUGCUGGUGGGGGAGGUUCUACGUGAAGAGCAGCAACAAACAAAUGUUGUUCUUUCGGAAACUGAUGAAGUCUGGAGACCAUUACUAUUACCACAUGUGACGUCGUUGAAACAACCGACGCACGAACGAGCAUUAUGUGUUUGCAUCCCCACUCGCAACUUAAUGGCCCAAAAAAUAAAAAAGAUUCACGUCCACUCGUGUCGGCGAUGA